AAACUGAGCGCGGUGGGUCGCGGUUUUUCUUCUUCUCGUCUCUCCCCCUCGGGCUUCCCCCCCCCAACCACCCCCCUCACCUCCCUCUUUACGCGGCAGCGACACCCGCCCCGGCCUCGCCCCAAGCCGGCCCUGUUUGAAAGAAUAUCUGCCAGUGGUGCCGUGGACUGGCUGUGCAACCAUGGAGCUCAACGAAGCCAACUUGCAGACACUCACAGAGUUCCUGCACAAGACCCUGUCUCCUGACCCUGCCGUACGCAGGCCUGCGGAGAAGUUUCUGGAGAGUGUCGAGGGGAACCAGAACUAUCCGCUGCUGCUUUUAACGUUGCUCGAGAAGUCGCAAGACGGCGUGAUCCGAGUGUGCGCCGCCGUCACCUUCAAGAACUACGUCAAGCGCAACUGGAGGAUUGUGGAGGAUGAGCCCAACCGCAUCAGCGAGAGCGACCGCACGGCCAUCAAAGCCAACAUCGUCAAUCUCAUGCUCAGCAGCCCCGAGCAGAUGCAGAAGCAGCUGAGCGAUGCCAUCAGUAUCAUCGGACGUGAGGACUUCCCGCAAAAGUGGCCCGAGCUGCUAUCGGAGAUGGUGGCGCGCUUCCACAGCGGCGAUUUUCACGUCAUCAACGGGGUCCUGCGCACCGCACAUUCUCUCUUCAAGAGGUAUCGACAUGAAUUCAAGUCCAACGAGCUGUGGUCCGAGAUCAAGCUCGUGCUCGACACCUUUGCGGCGCCGCUCACGGAGCUGUUCAAGGCCACCAUAGAGCUGUGCAAGACGCACGCUGCUGAUGUGCACGCACUGCGUGUGCUCUUCAGCUCGCUCAUCCUCAUCGCCAAGCUCUUCUACAGCCUCAACUUCCAGGAUUUUCCAGAGUUCUUUGAAGACAACAUGGCCACGUGGAUGACGAACUUCCACAGCCUUCUCACAAUUGACAACAAGCUUCUGCAAACCGACGACGAUGAGGAGGCCGGUCUCCUGGAGCUGCUCAAGUCGCAGAUCUGUGACAACGUGGCACUGUACGCGCAGAAGUACGACGAGGAGUUUCAGCCGUACUUGCCGCAGUUUGUCACCGCCAUCUGGAACCUGCUCAUCACCACGGGGCCCGGCGUCAAAUAUGACCUGCUGGUGAGCAAUGCCAUCCAGUUCCUGGCGUCGGUGUGUGAGCGGCCGCACUACAAGCACCUGUUUGAGGAUCAGGCCACCCUCACCAGCAUCUGUGAGAAGGUCAUCGUGCCCAACAUGGAGUUCAGAGCUGCAGACGAAGAGGCUUUCGAGGACAACCCUGAGGAGUACAUCCGGCGGGACAUCGAGGGCUCUGACGUGGACACGCGGCGCCGCGCGGCCUGCGACCUGGUGCGGGGGCUUUGCCGCUUCUUCGAAGGGCCCGUCACCGAGAUCUUCUCGGUGUACGUGCACUCGAUGCUGUCGCAGUACGCCAAGGACCCGGCCGCCCACUGGAAGCACAAAGACGCCGCCAUCUACCUCGUCACCUCGCUUGCCUCCAAGGCGCAGACGCAGAAGCUUGGGAUUACCCAGGCCAAUCAGCUCGUCAAUCUGACAGAUUUCUUCGUCAGCCACAUACAGACAGACCUGCAGUCUCCCAACGUAAACCAGUUCCCUGUGUUGAAAGCGGAUGCCAUCAAAUACGUCAUGAUCUUCCGAAGCCAGCUGCCCAAGGAGCAUUUGCUGAACGUGCUGCCUCUGCUGGUGAACCACCUGCAGUCUGAGAGCACGGUGGUGCACACUUAUGCUGCGCACUCGCUCGAGAGGAUUUUCACGCUGCGCGGGCCUGGCAACGCGCUCGUCUUGACCGCAGCAGAGGUGUCACCGGUGAUUGAGCCACUCCUGACGAAUCUCCUGAAGGCCAUGACCAUGCCCUCGUCUACGGAGAACGAGUACCUCAUGAAGGCCCUGAUGAGGAGCUUCUCACUGCUGCAAGAGGCUGUCAUCCCCUACGUCCCGACGUUAACCAUGCAGCUCGCUCAGAAGCUGCAUGCUGUCAGCAAGAACCCCAGCAAGCCGCAUUUCAACCACUACCUGUUUGAGGCGCUGUGCCUGUGCGUGCGCAUCACGUGCCGCGCCACGCCCGCGGCCGUGUCCGGCUUCGAGGACGCGCUCUUCCCCGUCUUCACGGACAUCCUGCAGAACGACGUGCAGGAGUUCAUUCCAUACGUGUUCCAGGUGAUGUCGCUGCUGUUGGAGAUGCGUGGGGCCGAGGUGCCCCCAAGCUACAUGGAGCUGUUCCCGCACCUGCUGCAGCCGACGCUGUGGGAGCGCGUGGGCAACGUGCCGCCGCUCGUCCGGCUCCUGCAAGCGCUGUUAGAGAAGGCGUCGGUCACCAUCGCCUCCAGCAAUGCCGACAAGAUUCCAGGGCUGCUGGGAGUGUUUCAGAAGUUGAUCGCGUCGAAGAACAAUGACCACCAGGGCUUCUAUCUCCUCAACAGCAUCAUCGAACAUAUGCCAUCGGAGGUGAUUAACCAGUUCAAAAAGCAGAUCUUCAUCCUGCUCUUCCAGCGGUUGCAGAGCUCAAAGACGACCAAAUACGUGAAGGGUUUCCUGGUCUUCAUUAACCUCUUCUGUAUAAAGUACGGGCCCAUAGCGCUGCAGGAGCUGGUGGACAGCAUCCAACCCAAAAUGUUCGGCAUGGUUGUGGAGAAGCUGAUCAUUCCGGAAGUGCAGAAGGUGUCGGGCACCGUGGAGAAGAAGAUUUGUGCGGUCGGCAUCACCAAGCAGCUCACCGAGUGCCCGGCCAUGAUGGACACGGAGUACACGAAGCUGUGGGCCCCAUUGCUGCAAUCCCUCAUCGGGCUCUUCGAGCUUCCAGAAGACGACUCGGUGGCCGACGACGAACACUUUGUGGAGGUGGAGGACACGCCGGGCUACCAGGCUGCCUUCUCGCAGCUCGCCUUCGCCGGCCGCAAGGAGCAUGACCCGCUUGGGGCCUCGGUACCCAACGCCAAGAUCCACCUUGCGCAGAGCCUCGGCAAGCUGAGCACCGCACGGCCCGGUCGGGUCUCUUCCAUGAUCAGCACGGACGUGAACGUCGAUGCGGCGCGAUACCUGCAGGGAUACCUGCAAGCGGCCAACGUGACGCUUGUGUGAGCACGUUGCUCAAGCCUUUCGCGCCUCCCCUCCCCUUUCUCCUUACCCAACCGGCCGGCGUGCUUUAUGCGCACGCAACCGUAGUAACACGCGUAGCCCAUGACCGCGAACCACAUGCACACACGCGCGUGUUGCGGUGCACGUUCACCCACGUCAUACACAACAGCUACACAACAGCUACACACCUAUAGUUACACACCUGCACACACCUGUUCCCGUACGAUACCACACGCAUCCAUAGGAACGUGCAAACACACCACACUAGCGACGCUGCACUUACACGCGUUCUUCCCCGCCUCUUAAUUUGUCCUGCGAGUCUACAGUGCAUCCAAACUGACAGUAACUUUGCUCGUCUUUCUAUCAGGCAGCGCCGCUUUGCGUGAUGUUCCUGGAAUCAUAGGCCAGGAUACUUUGUUGAUACUGUAUGUGAGAUGACAUGCUUGGUUUUUUCAAAGCUUCUUGAAAUUAUUUUGAAGUAAACGUGUCAAUGAUAUGUCA